AUGAGGCUUAUGAAGACCCUAGUCCAAGCGGCAGCGGCCGCAUAUUUCUCGUCCUUCUUGUGUGAGGGGGCAUCAGCACAAGACCCCCGGCCUAUGGAGAACCUCGGCCGCGGCGUCGUCGCCGUGCGCGCAAGCACAGACUCCGUCCUCGUCACCUGGCGCCUGCUGGGCCUCGACAAUUCCGAUAUAGGAUUCAACGUCUACCGCGCUGUCGGCUCCGGAGAGGCCGAGAAACUGAACGACGAGGUCCUGGGCGCAGAUACAGGCACGAACUUCCUAGACACAACUGCCGAUCCCGCAGACGACAACACCUACUUUGUCCGUCCUGUUCUCGACAGGGAAGAAGGGGACGCUAGUGGCAGUUUUACCCUUCCUGGUGACAAUGAGGUCGAACCGCUCAUUCGGAUCCCGAUCCGUGAAAGUGGGCAGAUCAAGUACGUCUGGGUCGGCGAUCUCACAGGCGACGGCGAAUAUGAUUUUGUCCUGGACCGCACCAACACGCAACAGAGUAUCGAAGCGUACACGCGCAACGGAACAUUUCUCUGGGAGAUCAGUCUGGGCCCCAACAGUGAGAACCAGAAUAACAUCGAACCGGGGAGCACAGCGAUCAGUGUAGGAAACUGGGACGGCGUGACGGUGUAUGACUUUGACGGAGAUGGGCUUGCAGAUGUGGCAGUGAGGCUGGCGAACGGGGUCGUCUUUGGCGAUGGGGAGGAAUUCAGUGAGGGCACCUCUGACGAUGAGCAGUGGGUUGGCAUUGUAGAUGGGCAGACCGGCGCUCUUAAGGGGAGCAGUAAGCUGCCGACAGACUUUAUCGAGGACGGGCCGCUGGCUGCGCGGUUCGGGGUCGGCUAUCUCGACGGGAAGAGGCCUCAUCUGGUUGCGUUCAUGAAGAACAGACAGGAUGGGGGCGACUUCAAUCGGGUGAUUGGCGCUUGGACGUUCGAUGGAACGGACUUGAUUGAAGAAUGGAUCUCACUUGGCGAUGCUCUCGUUGGCGCAGACGGACACAACACGCGCAUCUUGGAUGUGAACGGCGACGGGAAGGACGAUGUCGUGGAGAUUGGCUUCGUGCUGAAUGGCGAGGACGGCUCGUUGCUUUACAGUAUGCCCGAACCCAUCGUACAUGGGGACAGGUACUACAUCGGCAAGUUUGAUCCCGAGCGAGAGGGACUGCAGGGCUACGGGAUCCAGCAGGACAACGAGGAGCUGCUGAUGGAAUAUUACUACGACGCCGCGGACGGCUCAUUCCUUUGGACGCACUAUGGCAGUGAAGUCGGCGACGUCGGACGCGGCCUAGCAGCAGAUAUCGACCCAACCUACGCAGGGUACGAGGUCUGGUCCUUCCAGGGGAUCUACAACGCCGCCACGAACGAAACAACAACAUCCGACACCUCACUAGCCCCCUGGCCACAGAUGAGCAUCUGGUGGGACAACGACACUCUGACGGAGCUGUACAACGACGGCAAGCUGGAGAAAUGGGACUGGGAGAAUCCCACUGACAGCAGGAGUCUGCCUCGGAUCCUGACGAUUGGCAACUAUGGCGCUCAAAAUCCCAAUAACUAUAACCCGGCCUUCCUGGGCGAUAUCAUGGGGGACUGGCGGGAGGAGAUUAUCACGGUGAAUGGGGAUCAUUCGGAGCUGAUCAUCUUUACGACGGACCAGUAUACUGAUGUGCGGCUGUACACUCUGGCGCAUAACCCAGCCUACCGCAACUCGAUGACGCUGAAGGGAUACAUGCAGUCGCACAGCAUUGACUACUUUCUCGGGCAUGAUAUGGAGACUCCUGCGAGCCCGAAUAUUCACUGCACAAGGUAUUGA